GCAGAAUCUUGGAAUGCAGAGAAUGGGAACAGAAGAUGGGAGAGGAACUACUGUGGCUGUGGGGGAUCAUCAGUCGGACACCGAGAGUGUGGGAAGUGAGAGGUCAGGUUACAGUGGCCCUCUCAGCGGACCUCUCAACAAAAGAGGCAGAAAAAGCGCCAGAUUCAACCUUUCUGACUCAAUCGGGGCCGCCGCCGGUAGUAGUGGCAGUGGCAGUGGCAGUGGCAGCAUGAAUUCUCAUCGUUAUAAUCGCCAUGAUCUCCAGGACGAAGAAGCAUACGUGGAGAUCACGCUGGACGUACGUGACGACUCGGUGGCGGUUCAUAGCGUGAAGGCAGCUGGAGGGGUAGAUAGCGAGGACCCUGAGCUAACGCUGUUGGCCAAGACGCUGGAGAAGAGGUCAUCGUCCUUGGGCUCUUCAGUUAUGCGCACCGCCUCCUGGCGAAUCAGGCAGGUGUCCCAGGAGCUAAGGCGACUCGCCUCCCUCACCAGGCGACCUUCCACUAGGCGCUUUGAUCGGACCAAGUCAGCCGCCGCUCACGCCUUGAAGGGACUCAAGUUCAUCACUAAGACCGACGGCGCCGCUGGUUGGCUCGCCGUCGAAAAGCGCUUCCACGAUCUAACUGCUUCUACUAACGGCGUUCUCCCCCGCUCUCACUUCGGCGAAUGUAUUGGGAUGAACAAGGAAUCAAAGGAGUUCGCGGGAGAGCUAUUCGACGCGUUGGCUCGAAGGAGGAAUAUUACGGGAGCGUCGAUCAACAAGGCGGAGCUGAGGGAGUUCUGGGAUCAGAUCUCCGACCAAAGUUUCGACUCUAGGCUUCAGACUUUCUUCGACAUGGUGGACAAAGAUGCUGACGGGAGGAUCGUGGAAGAGGAAGUUAGAGAGAUCAUAGCUCUGAGUGCUUCUGCAAACAAGCUUUCGAGUAUACAGAAACAUGCGGAGGAAUAUGCAGCCUUGAUCAUGGAAGAGCUAGACCCUGACAACGUCGGUUACAUAAUGAUUCACAAUCUGGAGACAUUGUUGUUACAAGCUCCAAGCCAGUCGUCGGUGAGAGGAGGAGAGAGUAGAAACCUGAGCCAGAUGUUGAGCCAGAAGCUUAAGCCGACGAUAGAGAAGAACCCGGUUUGUAGGUGGUGGGAGAAGAGCAAGUACUUUCUGAUGGACAACUGGCAGAGGGUAUGGGUGAUGGGAGUGUGGAUAGUUUUGGUGUCGGGGCUAUUUGCGUACAAGUUCGUGGAGUACCGGAAUAAUAAAGCGGCGUACGAGGUGAUGGGAUACUGCGUGUGCAUCGCCAAAGGUGGGGCGGAGACGCUCAAGUUCAACAUGGCACUCAUACUCCUCCCAGUCUGCCGGAACACCAUCACCUGGCUCCGCAACAAGACCAAGCUGGGAUUGAUGGUCCCCUUCGACGACAACCUAAACUUCCACAAGGUCAUCGCCCUCGGGGUAGUCGUAGGGGUGGGUCUCCAUGCGGGUGCACAUUUGGCCUGCGACUUCCCAAAGAUAAUGUCGGCCAGCGAGGAGAAGUACGAGCUGGUGAAGCCCUACUUCGGGGAGGAGCAGCCAUCGAGCUACUGGUGGUUCGUGAAGGGGGUGGAAGGGGUGACGGGGGUGAUAAUGGUGGUAUUAAUGGGAAUAGCCUUCUCCCUGGCAACCCCAUGGUGCAGGAGGAACAAACUCAAUAUACCCAGACCCCUCAAGAAGCUCACCGGCUUCAACGCCUUCUGGUACUCUCACCACCUCUUCGUCAUUGUCUACGCCCUCCUCAUCGUCCAUGGGAUCAAGCUCUACCUAACCAAAGAAUGGUACAAGAAAACGACAUGGAUGUACUUGGCGGUUCCGGUAGGGAUGUAUAUGUGCGAAAGGCUGAUAAGGGCAUUGAGAUCGAGCGUGAAAGACGUACAAAUACUGAAGGUAGCGGUGUAUCCAGGGAACGUGUUGGCGCUGCACAUGACCAGACCCCAGGGCUUCAAAUACAAGAGUGGUCAGUAUAUGUUCGUCAACUGUGCCGCCGUUUCUGCCUUUGAGUGGCACCCAUUCUCUAUUACAUCGGCACCUGGCGACGACUACCUGAGCGUUCACAUAAGAACUCUAGGUGAUUGGACACGACAACUCAAAACAGUAUUCUCUGAGGUGUGCCAGCCUCCGACCGGUGGGAAAAGUGGACUCCUUAGAGCUGAUUACAACAACAAUACGCAAGGAGCUGGAAACAUUCCAAAUUUCCCGAGAGUGUUGAUAGACGGGCCAUACGGAGCACCAGCGCAAGAUUACAAGAAAUAUGAGGUGGUGCUGCUGGUGGGAUUGGGUAUCGGAGCCACCCCAAUGAUCAGCAUCGUCAAGGACAUCGUCAACAACAUCAAGUCCAUGGAUGCACUGGAAGACGAAGAACAACAACAACAACAACAUCAUCAUGGGGAGGCACUUGCUGGUGCUACUGCUUCGGGACCAGUUGGAACAAGUUCUUCAACACCACCAGCUCAAUCUUCUUCUUCUUCUUCAACACAUAUUAGUAAGAAGAAAGGGUUCAAGACGAGGAGGGCAUACUUCUACUGGGUCACGAGGGAGCAAGGAUCGUUCGAAUGGUUCAAAGGGGUGAUGAACGAGGUGGCAGAGAUGGACCAGAAGGAUGGGGUGAUAGAGCUCCACAACUACUGCACCAGCGUCUACGAGGAAGGAGACGCCAGAUCCGCACUCAUCGCCAUGCUUCAGUCCCUCAACCAUGCUAAGCACGGUGUCGACGUCGUCUCCGGCACUCGCGUCAAGUCCCACUUCGCCAAGCCCAAUUGGCGUAGCGUCUACAAGCGCAUCGCCCUCAAUCACUCUCAAACCCGUGUCGGAGUGUUCUACUGUGGAGCCCCGGCACUAACGAAGGAGCUGCGCCAGCUCGCAUUGGAUUUCUCUCACAAAACCUCUACCAAAUUCGACUUUCACAAAGAGAACUUUUGAAAUCAGCCCACUAGUAGUAGAAGAAAGAA